ACCGCUAGUAUAACAGCUAUAGAUUUUAAUAUAUAAUAUAUUAUUAUAAUUAAAAUUUCAUGACAAUAAAAUAUUUUGAAGUCAUAAAAUAAUACAUGUCCGUUAUAAACAAAUAUGUAUCAAAUACUUGUAAUAUUAAUUAUUAAUGCACUGGAUUCGCAGUCUAAUUAUAAUAUUUUUUUAUAGUUAUGAAGUUUAUUAUAGACAUUUAGACAUCAUGAUUAAUAUUCUAUAACUAAUUAUUAUAUUUCACUUUUUCAUUCUUCAAAAAUGUUUUAUUUAAUAGCUUGAAAUGGAAAUAUGUUUCAUUUAUGUAACGUCUCUACAUUUUUUAAUCACUCUAAUCUGUUGUGCAGAUGUGGGAAUAAAAGGGAUUGCAUUAAAAAAUGCUCAAUUUUACAUCCAAAAUAAAGAUUUUUCGUGUUUGGAUGGCAGUAAUGUUAUUCCAUAUAGUUACAUUAAUGACGAUUAUUGUGACUGCCUCGAUGCAAGUGAUGAACCAGGUACUUCCGCUUGCCCAAAUGGUACAUUCUAUUGUGUAAACGUAGGACAUAAACCACUAACCUUACCAUCAUCACGUGUAAAUGACGGAAUUUGUGAUUGCUGUGAUGGUUCUGAUGAAUGGCGUAAAAGUGAAAUAACGCAAUACUGUGAAAACACUUGUCAAAUGCUUGGUAAUGCUGCUAAGGAGGAGGCAAAAAAAAUUGAACUGAUAUUUGUUAAAGGAUUUGAAAUAAGAACAAAACUUGUUAUUAAAGGCAAACAACUUAAAACUGACAAACAAAAAUAUAACUGUAAGUUUGUAAAUUGCCAAGAAAACAAAGCUAAACCAAACUUGAUCAGAUAUGUUUGUCCUGAAAUACCUAUGGAACAUAAAUCUGAACAAAAAUCGUCUUAUGGAAAAUAUUCUGUUGAAGUUAAGUCAAUUACCGAUGAUAGACUAAAAAGAAAAACAUGUAUGAAUUCCUGUUUAAAGUACGGAGGCUAUGUUAAUUUAGAAACCACUCAGUAUUCUAGUUAUAGACCACAGAGAAACUCCUAUAUGCGUGUAGUUGCCACAAAAGUAUGUGAUACAGAAAAUUUACUUGGACAGGGGGCUAUGGAUUUUAAUACUACGCAAAACAUGGAUUUUAAACAAAUUAAAAUGAAAAAAUUAAGUACAUCAUCUAAGCCAUCAUGUCAUAUGUUCCCAUCGAAAAUGCCUUUGGAAGCUGACUCUACUUUUUAUGUAUCAUAUAAACCUCCAGUAAUACACAAAACCAACAAAGAAAAAGAACCACUUCCAAAAGAAAUAUAUUUGAAACCAAUACAAAAAAUGGAUAUGACUACAACAACUAAUGACAGCUAUAAAAACUGGAUUGGCUCACCACAUAUUUUAAAGAAAGCUAGAAAAAACACCAACUGUUUUGUUAAAAUUCCUUGCAAUCUUCAAACUACUUACCACUAUUACUACCAUGAUCCUGCAAUGUAUAGUAAAUAUAUAACUGACCAAUGCAUUCAAAAGUGUUGUCAACAAACAUAAAUAUUUUAAAUCUUACAACCAGUUUUAUUUAUUUAUGUUUUAAACACAUCUAAUGAUAGAAAAGUUUAAAAAAAAUACACUUAUAAAAAUAAAAAAAUGUUUUACAUUGUUCUAUAAAGAAUUCAACAUUUUUUUGCUAUUAGUUUUAUGUUGGUUAAUUAAUUGGUAUUUUAAUAUUAGUUAUCUUGUAUUGUUGACGACCUAUAGACAGCCCAUAACUUAAUGAAUGACAGUUUGGAAGUAAGCUGCCAGUAGUUAUUGCCCAACUGGAUUUAAAAAGAGAAGGAUCAUUCAAAAUAAUGUUUAGACGCCUAUUAGAAAUAAAACAAUAUUUUUUAACAUAUAAUAUUUUUAAAAUAUACACAAUAUAACUUUGCCUGGUACAAUAUAAUUCUCUAGUUAUUUAAUCUCAGCAUAAAAUUGUUGAACUUCAAUCUAAAGAAAGAGUGGCUCAAGAUUCAAAAAAUGAAGCGCAACAUAAUAAAGAGAUAGCUGAAAAAAUAGAAAAAAUAACAAU